AUGGAUUUCAGUUCAUCAUCAGUGUUUGAUCAGCACAAAGCUGAUGCAGCAGAAGAGAUUGACUUGACUGUGGUUUACCAAGCAGCAGCCAAUGGUGAUGUGACCACACUGAUUGCAGUGAUUCGGGAAGAUCCUUCUAUCCUUGAGUGUUGUGACAGAGAGUGUUGCACCCCUUUGAUGCAUGCUGUGUCAGGAUGCCAGGUUGAUACAGUGAAGCUUCUGUUGAAGAUGGGAGCAAAUAUUAAUACUCAAGAUGCCUAUGGACGUAUCAGUUUAUCUCUGGCAACUUAUCUGGGCUGGCUGGAAGGCUGUGUCAGCUUGCUCAGGAACAGUGCUAAGCAGAACAUACCUGACAGAAAUGGGAGAUUGCCACUACACGCUGCAACUGCAGAGCCUGACAUGAGGCUUCUGAGUGUGCUUCUGCAGCAGUCAAAUCUUAGAGAAAUUAAUCAUCAGGCCAAUGAGGGAAUGACUUCACUCCACUGGGCUGCUUCCCACAACAGACUCCAGCACACCCAGACUCUGCUGCACAAGGGAGCAGACCCAGCUCUGGUGGACAAGGACUUCAAAACGGCUCUGCACUGGGUGGUACAGAGUGGCAACAGGAUUCUGUGUUCCAUCAUUCUGGACCACUGCCAGGGACCCUCAGUAAUAAACUAUGAUGAUGAGAAUGGCAAAACAUGUAUGCACAUUGCUGCUGCUGCAGGCUGCAGUGAUAUUAUCAGUGAGCUGGCCAAAGUCCCAAAGCACAACCUGCAGGCCCUGGAUGUGGAUGACAGGACUCCUUUGCACUGGGCUGCAGCAGCAGGGAAAGCUGACUGUGUGCAGACACUGCUAGAACUGGGGAUAGACAGCAGUCCUCGAGACAUCAAUGAAAACACUCCUCUGACAUAUACAAUGUACUGUGGGCACACAGCAUGCAUCAAGCUGCUGUCUCAGGAGAGCAGAUCUGAGUCAGUUCAUCAGUUUCCCUCUCUGGACAACAGAGGUAUAAAGAAAGGACGAUUCAGUAUGCUGAACCACAUCUUCUCUUGCAAAAAGAAGAAAGAAGAUCAGAAAGCCAGUCAGAAGGAGAGAAGCAGAGAACACCCUAAAGAAGAGACCUCAGAAGUAGAUGAUAUCAUCACCUGUUUUGAUUGCAUUAUGAACACAAGUUGCAAAGAGAUUCCAUAUCAUUGUAUGACCACCCAUGACUUUAAAAGAAGGAGCACAGACACAAAGUAUCUCAUACCAGAAAAGAAGCAACCAGCACGUCAGGGACUUCUGCCCAUCAGCAUGCAGAGCCUCCCCCCAAUCACUGCAGGUAAUUCCUUCCUAACUGCUUCCCAGAACACAGUGUCAGGCUUCUCUUUCAGCACCAGUACCCACCAUUUUCCACACAAGUCUCAAAAGAGUAGGAGUGAACACAACUUGCUGGACUACAGAAGCAGCUGCCAGGCUUUGCUGGAUGAUCCCUGGAAUGCAGACUCUAACCAGCUACUCUCCUACAAAGUCUGUACUCGGACUUUGAUAAAUUACUUAAACUCUGAUAGAUCUCACCAUGUGCUUUUGUGCCCUCCCUGCCUUCCCUCACUUCCUAGUUCUCCAUCAGGUAAACAUUUACAACAGAUAUCCAUAGACCAACACAAAAAAAAAAAUCUUAUUCGUGUAUGUAACAGCUUAGCUCCCAUACCCAACCACUGUGCUCACAAAAUUCAGCUAUCACCUCAGGAUGCUAAGAAGUUUAAGUCCCUAAGGACUGGUGCGGUUAUUCUCCUACCAGCUCUAAUCUUUUCCCAGAAAAGGGAACAUUCUCAGAGUCAUAUCCUCUAUUCUCUUUUGCCUGGUCUAUCAGGAGAGCCUCUCAAACUAGGCCAUGUCCUACCUGCUAUCCCAAGCCAGAAGAAAUCUAAUCCUGCAGAAGAGCUUGAGAAAUCUCUCACCAAACCAGAUGCUAAAAAUUAACUCAUCACACUGGUCUAAAUCAGUUGAAAUAAGUGCAAAUCUAAGUGCUUGUUACAAGAUAACUGUACAGAAAAAUCUCAUUAAUUUG